AAUAUUAAGAAAAGUGCAAAUAUACAAACCAAAUAUAAGCCGCGGAAAUUGUGCGUAUUAACAAAUUAAUUAAUCGAUUUUGACAGACUUUGGAUCGGGAAGAAAUAAAAUGAAAAGUGCAUAAAAAAUAUAUACAACAAACAAAUCAAAUACAAAUUUAAAUCGCGAAAUAUAGUUUCCAUGUGAUUCUGUAUGUGUGUGUUUAAUAAAAUAAAACUAUACGAAUUUGAGUGUGAGUCCAACUGGAGCCAUGGCGCCGUGGCUGGAAUUGCCCUACGAUAUACGGAACGUUACUCCGGAGGAAGACAAGGCCAUCAAGAAAUGUCUCAUAGGAUACACAAAAACGUUUGUAAAAUGUGGCAAGAAGGGCUACGUCAUGCCGGGAGCCUUCAGAAAGCACGCCGAGGCGAUCUACAACCUGCAGGUGCGCCCAGAUGACAUUUGGGUCAUCACUUUUCCAAGAUCAGGGACGACUUGGACCCAAGAAAUGGUUUGGCUGAUCGAAAAUGAUCUAGAUUUUGCGGGAGCUAAGAAACAACCCCUCUAUGACCGGUUUCCAAUGUUAGAAACUACAGCACAGAUACCAGAAAUAGCAGUUGAAUUGAUAAAAGCUAAUUUCAUGAACUUAGGCUACUUCCAAGGGUUGAACGGUGCAGUAAAGGUACCAAGUUGGAAGUCCGUAGACGAAGCACCAUCACCGCGGUUUAUCAAAACGCAUUUACCUCUUUCUCUUCUACCUCCAAGUCUUCUUAGCACUGCUAAAGUGAUAUACGUAGCGAGAGAUCCAAGGGACGUAGCCGUUUCAUACUAUUAUCUCCAUAAAAUGGUUGCCAAGUCAUUGAUGAGAUCUACAUUCACACAUUUUUGGGAUAUAUUCAGGAGAGAUUUAUUACCCUGGACCCCAAUAAUAGAGCAUACAAAUGAAGCUUGGGAAUUGAGGCAUCACAAGAAUAUGCAUUUUGUUUUUUAUGAAGAUAUGCUUAAGGAUUUGCCAAAAGUAAUACGAGGGGUAUGCCAGUUCCUGGACAGAGACUACUCGGAAGAACAAAUUAGACGUUUGGCGGAUCACCUCAGUUUCAAUAGCUUUAAAAAAAAUAAAACUGUCAACAACACAACUAAUGAGAAUGGAGAAAUCCAGUUCAUCAGAAAAGGGGAAGCAGGCGGUUGGAGGACCCACUUCGAUGCCAAAAUGGAGGUCCAAGCAGAAGAGUUUCUAUCAACCAGACUAAAAGGUCUGACCUUGAAAUAUCCAUCCCUAUGCAAUACGGACGGCGAGUGUACAUAUUUAUAAAAACAAUGAGAUAUCUAGUUCCUUAUUCUUUAUAAGACUGAUCUCUUUUAACCUGGUUAAGCUCCCAGUUAACCAAAGAAUUUGGUAAUAGUUUUUAAGUUAGCGUUUAACACGGAUUUAAAAUCCUUUGGUAUAUUUAGUAAGCAUCUAGAUUAAGAAGCAAAUGGUCAAAAUAUUAUCUUAAUUUGAAACAUGUAAAUAUCAUUGGGUACAUAGUUUGAAGAGCCGAUGGAUGUUGGGGUCCCAAAGGUGCUGGAAUGGCCACCCAGCACCGGAAAGCGCGGAGUUGGUAGACCUCCCACUAGGUGGUGCGAGGAUAUUAAGCGAGUUGCAUGGAGCCGUUGGAUGCUGGCGGCUCGAGAUCGUUUUGUUUGGAAGUCCAUGCACGAGGCCUAUCUCCAGCAGUGGACGUCCAUCGGCUGAUAAUGACGAUGAUGAAAUAUCAUUCCUUAGGUUUCACAAUACCAGCGUUAUUGGUCCAUCAGUAUCUACAACAAGUCAGACAAAUUUUAUUGGUAUACUUCAGAUGAAAAUGUUAUUUAAGUUCUUUAUGUCUAUUUUCAUUUCAUAUGUUUGUUUGUGUGUAAAUUCAUAUUAUAAUUUAUUCAUAUCUAG